UUAUCCCCCCCCCCCCCCCCGGGUUCUCUCUCUCUCUCUCUCUCCGCCCUUUCAACUCCGAUCCCCUUCCUUGCCAAACCCGGUGAAGAGGAGAGAAGGCCUAUGAUAAGAUAGCCUAGUCCUCUGUAUCGACUCCAAUCUUCUUCUCUCUCUUUCUCUCUCAACCCAAACUCUCCAAAAUCUCACCUUUCCUUGUUUUCUUGCGUAAAAAUCCCACCUUUUCCUCGGCCAUGGAUCCCAAGGGCUCCUCCAAGUUGCCCCAAGAGGUGCCCAGGUUCCACCAGGCCCUGGGCCUCCCCCAGUCUGACAAGAGGGACCCCACCACCACCACUGAGGCCAGAGACACUCCCGAGAGAGAGCUCGCCGCCGAGAAGGAGGACCAAAGGCGGCAGCUCGCCCCCAAACGCAGCUCCAACAAGGACCGCCACACCAAGGUCGACGGGCGCGGCCGCCGCAUCCGCAUGCCCGCCCUCUGCGCCGCCCGCAUCUUCCAGCUCACCCGCGAACUCGGCCACAAGUCCGACGGCGAGACCAUCCAGUGGCUCCUCCAGCAGGCCGAGCCCGCCAUCAUCGCCGCCACCGGCACCGGCACCAUCCCCGCCUCCGCCCUCGCCGCCGCUGCCGCCGCCGCCGCCUCCCCCAUGUCCCAUCCCGCCGCCUCUGCCCCCGUCGGCCUCCACCAGAAGCUCGACGACCUUGGCCAAGCCCCCGGCCCCCGGCCUAAUUGGGCCAUGCUUGGCGCCAACCUUGCCCGCUCCCACCCUGGCCUCUGGCCGCCGACCGUCAGCGGGUUCAAUUCCGGCUUCGCCCCUUCCACGUCGAGUCUCGGCAGCGGCGGGGACUCGAGCUACAUGCAGAGAAUGGGCCUGCACGGGCUGGAGUUGCCUGGAGCGAAUCUCGGCGCGAUGAGCUUCGCAUCGUUGCUCGGCGGGCACGGGCAGCAGCUGCCAGGGCUGGAGCUUGGGCUUUCGCAGGAAGGGCACAUUGGGGUUCUCAGCCCGCAGGCCUUGAGUCAGUUCUAUCACCAGAUGGGGCAGGGAAGGGGAGUGGGUGGAGCUGGAAGUGGUCAAUUGCAGCAGAACCACCAGCAGCAGCAGACCCGGUCUGCGGAGGAUGAUUCGCAGGGUUCGGGACAGUAGAGAUGGAUACAUGGUUGUUGAAGAGUUUGGAAGGAGACUUUGGAGAUUAAGAGGAAGAUUAGCCAAAGAGAGUAGCAAAAUUCGAUCUUUUUUUUUUCUUUUUUCGAUUGGUUGGUCAGUUUUCUUCUGUGUGUGACUUCGAGAGCACUGCGGAGAAAGUGAGAUGGGAAGAUCCAGUCAUUGAUGGCAUUCUGUAUUGAGUUAUUGGGUCUGCCUGCUUCUUCUUUCUCUCCGAGUUCGGGUGUAUAUUAUCAGAGCUGAAUAGAUUGGGAUGGAACUGAAUAUCUUGUUUGUUUCGAGGCAUGUAGAUAAGAAUUCUAGUCAUCUUCGGUAAUUUUUGCUAUAUUGGUGGAGUUGUGAUUGGCUUGUUUUUUGACAAAUAAAUGUUGGCAUUUCAUAUAUUUAUAUGUGAGAUUCUCUGUUUGAUAUAAGGUGCUUAUUUUCUUUGGA